AUGCACUCGGCUAUCCUCAUGAUAAUGGCCUUCGAUCACUACAUUGCCAUCUGUAACCCUCUGAGAUACCCCACCAUCCUCACCCUCACACGGGCCCUGGACAAAUACAAGAACUCACAGGAGCACACGGUACAAGUUGGGGCAACAUUCUUCCACAGAGCUGGACACCAUCUCUCCUACUUGAUGUCAGAAGCCAACUCAACUGACUUCACCAACCCCUCCACCUUCAUCCUGCUGGGCAUUCCCGGCCUGGAGGCGGCUCAUGUCUGGAUCUCCAUCCCCUUCUGCACCAUGUAUAUCAUAGCUAUCUUGGGGAACUUCACCAUUCUUUUCAUCGUUACUAGGGAGCCGAGCCUUCAUAGGCCUAUGCACUAUUUCCUCUGCAUGCUGGCCGUCAACGACCUGGUCCUGUCUACGAUUAUCGUGCCCAAAACCCUGAGCAUCUUCUGGUUUGAUUCCACAGAGACCAGUUUCAAUGCCUGCCUCACCCAGAUGUACUUUGUUCACUGCUUCACAGUGGUGGAGUCUGGGAUCUUGGUGGCCAUGGCUGUGGAUCGCUACCACAUCGCCGUGGUAACUUUGGCCUGUGGCGACAUCCGUGUCAGUAAUUACUACGGCCUGUUUAUGAUGCUCUUUGUGGCCUUUGUGGAUAUGUGCUUUAUCACAGCGUCUUAUACCCAGAUCUUUAGGGCGAUUUUCAGCCUCCGCACAAUGGACGCCCGGUGCAAAACAUUUGGGACCUGCAGCACCCAACUCUGUGCCAUCUUAGUCUUUUUCAUCCCAGAUGUCGUGUCCUCAGUCAUUCAUCGGUUUGACUACAUUGUGCCCCCCCAUGUCCUCAUUCUCAUUGCUAACGUGCACCUUGUGGUGCCCUCCAUGCUUCACCCCAUCAUCUAUGGGAUAAGGACCAAGGAAAUCCGGGACAGGUUGCUCUGGGUCUUUACUCAUAAAAAGAUCUAA